AUGCUCAUUGAUGAACAAGGAAAUAUUGCACCAAAUCAUGAACAAAUAACAUAUAUGCCUGCUCAUCAUUGUAGUACAAAAUUUAAUAUCUAUCUACUUUAUCCACAUCGUCCUAAACAUUCAUCAUCAAAUUAUUCUAUUCGUAUUGAUCUUUUUGACAAAUCAACGUUACAUUAUUGGACAAGUUGGUAUUUACCUGUUCCAUUUCAGUUUCUUCCUGUUAAUCGAAUAUCAACUCAGUUAACCAUUCCUCAAGUACCACAAAAUAAACCAUGUACUUUGUCCUGUGGAGAACAUGGUCAAUGUAUGAAAUAUGCAAACAUGAAUAAUUCAGUUUUUUGUCGAUGUGAUCAAGGAUAUUCUGGUAGUUUCUGUAAUAUCACACAUCAAUGUCAAUGUUCAAAUGACUCAUUCUGUCUUGCUCCAUCUAUUUGUGUGUGUUCUUUGAAUAUGUUCGGCUCACAUUGCUACUUGAAAAGACCAAUAUGUCAAUCAAUGAACAAUCCAUGUCAACACAAUGGACUUUGCAUACCAAUUGAUGAUCGCAUUAGUUUACAUGGAUUUAUCUGUGUUUGUAUAGAAGGUUAUCAAGGUGAACGAUGUCAAUAUAGAAGUAAUCAAAUUGAUAUUCAUAUAGAUAAGACAAUACUAACAAUAAGCUCAUCAUUUAUUCUACAUUACAUAAUCGCAUUUGACAGACAUACAAAACAUGAACGAAUAACUACACUGAAGAAGGUUGCUUUCGGUUACAAUUCUAUGACUAUUUAUGUACAACAACCAUUUAACAUUCUUUUCAUACAAAUACCUGGAGGUAAUUAUUAUCUAAGUGUAGUAAGAGAAAGAUUUGUACCAUCAGAAUAUAUUCAUACUCAAGUAUCAUCAAAAAAUCGUUGUUAUCCAGUUCAUUAUCUUUUUAAUGAUACUUUUCGUCAGUAUGAGCAUUUACGUCGAGUGAAAUAUUAUCCACUUUUAUGUCGUCAAGAUUCACAAUGGAUGUGUUUUUAUGAUGAAUACUACAUGUGUAUAUGUGAUAGUGAUCGCUUUUCCAAUUGCUUUCACUUUAAUAACACAAUACAAUAUGAUUGUAGUGGAAAAAAUCUUUGUUAUAAUGAUGGUCGAUGUUUUCUUAACAAUGAAACUUGUCCAACAACGUUUAUUUGUGUAUGUAAUGAUUGUUUUUAUGGAAGACAAUGUCAGUUUUCAACAAAAGGUUUCAUAUUUUCACUUGAUCCAAUACUUGGAUAUCAUAUUAAACCAAGUAUUUCACUUCAUCGACAACCAUUUAUUGUCAAAUUCAGUAUUGCUAUUAUUACAAUAAUGUUGAUAUCAGAAUUAAUCAUGGGUUCAUUAUCUAUAGCUACAUUUCGAUUGAAAAGAUCAAGAGAAGUUGGUUGUGGUUAUUAUCUUUUAGUAUCAUCAAUUAGUUCAAUGUGUAUGAUUAUUGUAUUAACAAUUAAAUUCUGGCAACUUGUUCUUUCACAAAUGUCAAUCAUAACUAAUCGAUCAAUACUUUUUGUUAAUUGUAUUUCAAUUGAAAUAAUUCUUAAAUCUUGUUUAGCAUCAAGUGAAUGGCUUAAUGCUUGUGUAGCUGUUGAAAGAAUGUUUAAUGUCAUCAAAGGUGUAACAUUUAGCAAAAAGAAGAGUAAGAUAAUAGCUAAACGAGUCACUUUCGUAGUAAUUAUUUUAACAAUACUUACACAUAUUCAUGAUCCAGUUCAUCGAGAAAUAAUUAAUGAUUUGGAUGGUGAUGAACAAAGAAUAUGGUGCUUAUCUCAAUAUUCAUCUACAAUUACAAAAUACAAUAUAUUUAUUACUCUUUUUCAUUUUCUUGUUCCUUUUUCAAUUAAUUUGAUCUGUGCUUUAGUACUUAUUAUAGGAGCAGCUCGUAGUCGUUCUAAAGUAGGAUCGGAACAAUCAUUAAAUCAACAUGUACAAUGGAAGCUUAGACAACACAAACACAUAAUAAUUGCACCUAGUAUCUUGUUAUUAUUAGGUUUACCGCGUUUGAUUAUUUCAUUCACAUCUAGAUGUAUGCGAUCACCACGUCAACCUUGGUUAUAUCUGAUUGGAUAUUUUUUAGCUUUUGUACCAUCCAUGUCAACAUUAUUUGUGUUUGUUUUACCAUCAAAAGUUUACAGAAGUGAAUUCAAUAAAACAAGGCAGCAAUGGAUUCGACGACUUCGUCAAAGACCUUGA